UUUUUCUUUUCACAUUAUAGGCUUUUCACAUUACUUGGCAUUUACCUGCUCUUCCUCGGUGAGACCCAAGUCUUUUCCCUCAAGGGAUUUUCUAAGGGGAAAACAAGCUUCAACAGUGACAGAACUCUGUGAUCAGCUGGAAGUGGUAACAAGAAGGAAACAUGAGGAAUGUUCAUCACAGCUGGCUUCUAGAGACAACUCAAACUCUCUCUGCCCACAUCCUUUCCACUGCCAGAUCUAUGUAAAUGGAAUCAUCCUGUCUACAUUUGAGGUUUAGUAAUUCUGCAGUUUUCCUGAGCAGUGAAUAAUCAGAAAGUCUUGGUUUGUAUCUCAACCUGUCCCAUUUUUCUCUUUAAUUGGUUUGUCCUUCGCCGUCAGAUCUAGAGGCUUAGAGUAACAACGUGGUUCUUUUUCUUUUGAAUUUUCUUUUGUUUUUUUACUAGGAUCUGAUCGGUGUUUGCUUUGGCUACCCCAGAAAACCUCCUGAGUCAUCCCAGGGACCCACAGGAGAGUACACUUUCAGUAUUUCUUCAAUAAAUGGAAUCUUUAUGAAGAGGAUUUCAAAAGAUUACUAACCUGACUUGUAUUAUCCCAUUACUUUUCUUGUUGCUGUGGAUGUUCGUUAACUACAUUUCUCUGUUUUAUAAUUUUAGCCUCCUUUUCAUUUCCUGAGCUCUCCCUGAUGGUGGGUCCAACAUUUUACUAUAAUUCUGCUUGCUUCUCGUCAAGAUACAUUCCAUCACAGGUCCUGUUUUCCUGAGCUCUCACUUCUGAUAUAAGCCUGGAAGAAGAGUAAAUGAGACAGAAUAACAAUAUUACAGAAUUUGUGCUACUUGGCUUGUCUCAGGAUCCUGGUGUGCAAAAAGCAUUAUUUGUCACAUUUUUACUCACAUACUUUAUGACAAUGGUGGGGAACCUACUCAUUGUGGUGACUAUUAUUGCCAGCCCUUCCUUGGGCUCCCCAAUGUACUUCCUCCUUGCCUGCCUGUCACUUAUAGAUGCUGUAUAUUCCACUACCAUUUCUCCUAAGUUGAUUGUGGACUUAUUCUGUGACAAAAAGACUAUUUCCUUCCCAGCUUGCAUGGGUCAGCUAUUUAUAGACCACUUGUUUGGUGGUGCUGAGAUCAUCCUUCUGGUGGUGAUGGCCUAUGAUCGCUAUGUGGCCAUCUGUAAGCCACUGCACUAUUUGACCAUCAUGAAUCGACAGGUUUGCAUCCUUCUGUUGAUGGCGGCUGUGACUGGAGGUUUUGUGCAUUCUGUGUUUCAAAUUGUUGUUGUGUACAGUCUCCCUUUCUGUAGCCCCAAUGUCAUUGACCACUUUGUCUGUGAUAUGUACCCAUUAUUGGAACUGGUGUGCACUGACACCUACUUUAUAGGCCUCACUGUUGUUGUCAAUGGUGGAGCAAUGUGUAUGGUCAUCUUCAUCGUUCUAUUAAUAUCCUAUGGAAUCAUCCUAAACUCUCUUAAAACUUACAGUCAGGAAGGGAGGCGUAAAGCCCUGUCUACCUGCAGCUCCCACAUCACCGUGGUUGUCCUGUUUUUUGUUCCCUGUAUUUUCAUGUAUGUUAGACCUGUUUCAACCUUUCCUAUUGAUAAAUUCAUGACUGUUUUUUAUACAGUUAUCACACCCAUGUUGAAUCCUUUAAUAUACACGUUGAGAAAUUCAGAGAUGAGAAAUGCUAUAGAAAAACUCUUGGGUAAAAAGUUAACUAUAUUUAGAAAUAGAGUGUCCCUCCUCGUGUAGAUAAGGAGGUAUGUAGUCAAGGUCUUCCCAGUCAAGUUUUCAGAUUUCUAAGGGCCUGUCAAGCAUCUCAAAGUGGAAAGACAGGAUUUAGAUGCUCACAGCUCAAUUAGGAAAUCAUCCCAUCGUGGCAUUUGUUUGAAAUUCAAUAUCUCAACGUCUAUAUCCAGGCUGAGUGUGGAUGGAGCUGCUUGUUUGCAGGUCCUAUUGUGCACGAUUCAAAUGAUAAUUUUCCUAUUUACAAAUCUUUGAGACCCAGUAUUUCUUCCACAUACUCAGCACACAAUGGAGAGAUGUAGGAAUAGGUAAUAAAAUGGAGGCUCCUUUUGAGAAGGGAAGGCUAUGGUGCUUCCUUCAGUGUAAUUUAUUUAAAGUCUUUGUGGAAUAUACAAGCACUAUAUUCACAAAUAUCUGUGAAACAGGCCCUGCUCAGACUUCAGCUGAAACUCUACUUGCCGUCAGAUAAUACUCUUAGGAAUCUUAGAAUUAUGUUUGUCUAGUUUAAUGUAUUCGUGAGACAUACCGUUAAAUUUUCCCAUGAUCUUUCCAAGUGUCUUAACUUCCACACCUUUGAAAUGACAUUUAUUUUGAUGACCUUUCUACUUUUAGAGUACUUAGCUCUUUGCAGAGACUGGAAAGGGGAAUGAGUUUUAUGUUUGAAGCCAGUAAUUUCUCGUUCUUUUAUGUUUCUUGUAAAUUCUGUCUGAAGAUGUAACAGUUAAUCUUUUAAGCAAUAUAUUUUUAAAAAAUCUAUGCCUUUUUACAUAACACACUGCUAUAAGAAACAGCUGCAAUUUUCAAUAUUCUCCUUGGAAAUUUUAGCAAAAUCCACCUAUUCACUUAAGUACAUUUUUCGUUUUCUACCUUCCUAUAGGUGACAGAAUUACUACAUUUUUUCAGUGCUGGAUGGCGGCUCACUUUUGUCACAGUCUGGAAUAGUUACUUCUGUCUUUUAAGCAUUCACUUAUAAUAUCCUGGUGGCUGCUAUUUUGGGGCACUAAAACCAGUGUCAUAUACUUUAAAUUGUUGUGGUGGAAAUACCACACUUUGAGGUCCUGUCUUCAUGUAGGGUUCAGAGCCCCACAGUUAUUAUGAGUUAUAAUAACCACCAUAUUCUUUUAUCUCAAAAUUUUGUGAGCCAGGAAUUCAGGCAGUUGUUGGCAGGGUAUUUCUUCUGUUUUGUGUGGCAAGGACUGGAGUCAUUCUCUUAUUCACCUGAUAACUAAGUAUUCUGUAAAAUGCAGGAUAACUUAAUUCACAUUUAUAGUAUAUUGGAAGGGAUAACCCUUAAGAGAUGUUCUGGGUCCCUCUUCCUGUCCUUUUAGAUGAAGGACAUCAAGAUCACUUCAUUGAAUAGUAAGGCUUUUUACAUGUUGCUCAGAGAUCCUAGCAGUAGAAAGUAGAUGGGUCUGGCAGGUUAAGUGCUAUGUCCAGAACUGGCACAAUGUCACUUGCGUCAUAUUCUAGUCAACGGAGUGGUCACAUGACCACACCAGAUUUGAGGUUUUACAGAAAUAGAAGAUAACCCUUGGUUGGGAACUGGCAAAGUCACUUUGCAGAGCAGCAUGUAGAACAAUUGUCUAUAUCUCAAAAGAGCAUAUUGGAGUUUUAUUCAUUUUAAGUUGGAUCUAUGAAUCAACUUGUACUAACAUUAACAAUAUUGUGUGUUCUAGCUGCUGAAUACAAUAUAUCUGCUAGGUAUUUUUAAAGUUUAUUUUUGAAGAGUUUUGUAGUUUUUAUCAAUGUAGGGAUCUUCCUUAUCUAUUCCUGUGUGUGUGUGUUUUCAGAUUUCAUCACAGGUUUUUAA